AAGGCAGAGAGUGUGUGAACUGUGGAGCAACUGCCACCCCUCUCUGGAGAAGAGACGGCACCGGGCAUUACCUGUGUAACGCCUGCGGGCUCUACCACAAAAUGAAUGGUCAAAACCGACCUCUCAUUAAACCUAAACGAAGGCUGUCAGCGGCUAGGAGAGCAGGGACUUGUUGUGCCAACUGUCAGACAACCACCACGACCUUAUGGCGACGUAACGCAAACGGGGACCCAGUUUGUAAUGCCUGCGGACUCUACUAUAAAUUGCACAAUGUGAACAGGCCUCUGACCAUGAAAAAGGAAGGAAUCCAGACCAGGAAUAGGAAAAUGUCCAACAAAUCAAAGAAAAGCAAGAAAGGCUCAGAGUGUUUUGAGGAACUGUCCAAGUGCAUGCAGGAGAAAUCGUCUCCCUUCAGCGCUGCUGCCCUUGCUAGUCACAUGGCGCCCAUGGGGCAUUUGCCACCUUUCAGCCACUCUGGACACAUCCUACCAACACCUACCCCCAUCCACCCAUCUUCCAGCAUCUCAUUUGGACAUCCGCAUCCAUCCAGCAUGGUUACGGCCAUGGGAUAAAACCUGAAGACCAAGACACCCAUACAGAGAUUAAGAACAUGGGGCUUUGCCUAAGACGACACCAAGUAAGAAAAUGUUCUGCCAAGAGGAGAAUGUAGGGAUGGCAAAAGGGGAUCUUUACUCCCCUUUAUGUGGUUUAACCCUUAAUGCUGGACUAAAACCUUGCAAAUGAUGGGUCUUCUGCAGAAACGUGUAGUGGUGCCUGUAAUGCACUUUGCCCCCUCAGGUAUAAGGAAAAAGAACU